AUGUGUAACCUGUUGUGGCUCAUGGCUUGCAUGGCCAUUGCUGUCGUCAUCCAACUCGCUCCAGGCAAACGAAAGGUCAAUGCACAAUCACAGGUCAACGACCUGUUCCGCAAAGGCUAUAUCUCAGGGGGUUCUUACAUCGAAAUGACGGACUCCAUAUCCAAACUGAGUGGAGUGCACACGUAUCCUGCCAUGUCAGUCUCAGAGAUUUCCAGUGGUUGCUACACGGUUCAGGCUACCGGCACAGCCUUGAAUCGUUAUGCCGGCAAUCUAUCUGGAGACGCCAUCUAUGAGAGGCGUACGCUAGGCCACUUACUCCAUUUCUACAGGGAUCUCCGACAUCAGGCCACACAAACGACGUUGAUGAAGCACAAUACCGACCAGAGCCACCCGAUCAGGCGAGCCUUCUCUCGACUUGCACAAGUACCCCUCAAGGACGUGAUUGAUCUCCAACAUGACGCCGAGAUAUCGGUUUUGAUCUGCUUAUGUCUCCUUGGUUUGUCUGAAAAUGCCUCCAUAGAUGAUUUACUCCAAGCGAAUCACAGGGAUUGGGCAAAACAACUAGCUACUGAAUCAACUACAAGAGCAUAUGAUUGGCUGCUGAAUCUCGACAUUCUGCCUGCAUUCGUUUUCAGCGACACUCCCAGUACUAUCGAGCUUUCUGAACAAUCAAUCUCCUUGAACGGUGGCAUGUUUGACGAACUCACUCUAUACGAGGAUUAUCUCACGAACGCUUACUUAUAGGAAAGCUAGGAUUAUACACUGUCCAAUCUGAGGGAUCCCAAAAUAGGGAUUCGCAAUGCUUCGCUAGUAUAUGUCUACCUACUGUACAUAAAGCUAUCUCCUUCCAAUCGCUAGAAUAGGUCUUCGACUCAUCGAUUGAGAUCGAUGAAUCUGCGCCGGAACUACAGGCAUCUGCUUAGUCAGAUCGAGCCCAAUUCUUCUUGGAGCGAUACCUGCAGAGAAGUACAAGACGUGGCGUAUCCCGAUAAUUUUUCUGUAGAUUGAUGUGGCAUCGAGCCCCUGGAAG